AUGAGCAGCUCUCCUCCACAAACACAAGUGCCCAGCUCACAAGACCUUGGACCCCCACCACUUCACACUCCUAGAUAUCAUUCAGAGCAAGUUUCCGUAGAUUCUGACGGCAUUUUCUCACCUGACGAGAAGCUCAAGACUCUCUCUCUCUUGAAGGAGUUUGAUCGUGUAUUUGAUCCUGUUAUACCCGGGUAUACAACGGUGCCGCCGGUCCCAUCGAAGGUGUCGUCAACAUGGGCCCAGUUCAACCACCCCAGCGAAAAGGUCGUAUGCCCCAGUAUGCUCGAGGCCAACUAG